AUGGCCUCCGGAGGAGUCUGGAACACCCAGCGUUCCUUUCUGGCUCAGCUGAGGGACGGCAGCCUGGAGGCCUGGGGACACCCAGAUUAUGGUGCCCCGAUCCCAGCCGACAUCAUAGCCUCCGGGCAGAAACACGGCCUGAAACGGGCUUGGUCUACGUGGCAAGGUGGCUUUUUAGUGGAGCUGCAGAACGGGGAGUUUCACGCCUGGGGAAACAAGGAAAAAGGUGCCGACAUCGACGCCGUGAAGGCCACGCUGGAACGCGAGGGCGUCGUGCAGAUUUGGAGCACCGGACAAGCUUUCCUGGCAGAGUUGACGAGCGGCAAGGUGCUCACAUGGGGCAGGGCAGAUUACGGCGGCGACGUCGCCACCUCGGUGCGGGAGGCCCUAGAAGCCGAAGGGAUCCAGCGCGCCUGGUCCACACGCGGUGCCUUCAUCGUGGAACUGAAGAGUGGCCGAGUGGUCGCCUGGGGCGAUUCCGACUACGGAUCCCAAAUCCCCUCCGACGCCCAAGCAGCGAUGCGAACCAAAGGCCUCCGCGACAUUUGGACGACGCGCGGUGGCGCCGUCGUGGCGCAGCUGAACACCGGAGAAGUGAUCUCGUGGGGAGACACCCGCUGUGGCGCCGACCUCGGCGGCGUGAAAGAUCGGCUGGAAGCCGCGGGAGUUCGACGCAUGUGGAGCACUCUUGAAGCCUUUUUGGCGCAGCUGAAGACGGGCGAAAUCCUGUGCUGGGGCGCCAAAAAUUAUGGCGGUGCGCUCCCCGCGGGGACGAAAGAAGCGCUGGACGCCCACGGAGUCGCCCGCGCAUGGAGCACCAACCGUGCAUUCCUGGCGGAGCUGACGAACGGCUCCGUGGUGGCCUGGGGAGUCGAAUUCUUCGGUGCCACGAUCCCAGACGACUUGCACGGCUCCUUGGAACGCGAGGGGAUCCGCGAGGCCUUCGGCAUGGGCGCCGCCUUCCUGGUCGUUUUGAAGAGCGGCCGCUGCGUCGCGUGGGGCCAUGACGACUACGGUGCAGACCUGAGUUCCGUCAAGGACAAGUUGGAGACGGUGGGCCUGGCGCUUUCAGCGCCUGCAGCUCCGGCCGCCGUGCACAGUGGAGAUGGAAGCUCAGCUCCUGCGGCUCCUGCACCAAGCGGAUGUCCGGCCUUUUGCCGAAGCGUCGAUCUGUCGCCGGUGGUGGUGAAGCUCACGGAGAAGGUCUCCAACUCCAGCUGGGUGAGCAGGGCUAUGGUGAAGGUGCCGGCUGUGGUCAAGGCCAUGCGGCUACCGCAGGCUGAGAAGGAGAAGAAGAACAGGUCCUUCUUCAUCGAGGAAGGAGGAGUUUGCAGAGGUUGCGUGCUGCUGCGAAAACUUGGCCAGGAAUUGAGAUUUCAGCCAAGGUCCAAGUUAGAGGCACGAGUGGCCAUAUCCUGGUUGGAAUCGGCUUUGCGGGGGCUAGAAGUGCUUCGCGACUCCUCGCACUUCGUGGACGAAGGUCAUGCUGUGCUCCCCGACGGAAGCCUGUCAGUGGAGGUGGUGUCCCUUGGAACUUCGAACAGCAAGGAGUCGAGGACUUUAACAAGCAUGAACAAGCUCCUCAACAAGGCCCACAUUUGCCAGGACGACCCUUGCAGCGUAGGUUUCAAAAGGUGGGCCAACCUAUGUCAAGAAGUUCUAGGGGUGAACGUCAACGAAACCCGUGCGCCCGAGGAUCCAUGGAAGGACGAUGCUAUGGGAGCUCGACCCGGUGCACUGCGACGUGGAGGAGAGAGAUCAGGAGCCGACUCCGAGAGACAUGCCAUCUUCGUGAACGACGACCCAGAGGACGACGAGGUGGUCAGAGGCCGCGAGAAGGUGAAGAAGGUGAGGAGCGGUGCAGAGGCUACAGAGCCAGAGGAGGCGAGCAGAGGACGAGGAAGAGUGACAGAGGCUUUGAGCGACCUCAGACAAAAGCUCAAAGAGAGCAUGCGCACCCCUGGCAGGCCAGAGCCUGCUGGAGGUGGAUCAGCCGAUCCCAAGAAGGCCGCUGCUUCAUCACUUGCAGUGGCACCCAAGAAGACCGAUGGGCCCAAGAAUUUGACCUUUGGCGUGGAGAAACCUGCCUCCGAGAUUCAGGAGCUGCUGAAGAGUGGAUUGGAGGAGCCAAGAGAAGGUACUUCGAGCUCCAAGAGGAAUCGUUCCCCGAGCGAGGCCCUGAUCGCAGCGGCCAGCCAUGCUGCCACAGGGAGGACAGGAGGGGAAGAGAAGAAAAAGAAAAAGAAACGGAAGAGAAGCGACAAUCGAGUUCUUCAGGUGUUGAAGAAUGCCCUGCGACCCAGGCGGGGAAAGAAGGAAAAGAAGAAGAAAAGGAAAAAGAAGGAGAAGAGCGAGGGAGAUCCCUCAGACGACGAUGGGAGCCCGGACGAUUCGUCGGACGACGAAGAGGAGGAAGAGGAGAGCAGCAGCUACUCAUCAGAGGAAGAGAGCAGCGAAGACCGGAAGGCGAGGAGGCUGCAGGCACCACUCAAGAGGAGGAGUCAGAAGAAGAGAGGAAGUGUCAUCCACCUCCUCCUCGAACAGAUAGCCGAGCAGUUGCAGGACUUGUCAACCCCGCAAGAAGACUUGCUAACCAGCGGGCCGAAGGUAGGGACCUACUGGCAGAUAAGCCUCAAGCACAGGUACAAUGCCGGACAUCCAGCCCUCCGCGAGUUGUUCCUGUUGGCCACGGUGAUCGACAGGGUCCGCAGUGGCCAACUCCUCGAAGCCCUGGAUGCUUUGGCCGGUCGUUUCAUUGCGGUCGAAGCGGCGACUCACGACGGUUGGAACGUGGCGAAACAUCUGGAGGUUGCCGUGCCGGCGGAGCAGGCCAUCGCACCAGCCGAGCUUCAACUAGCCGCCCGGAGACACAACAGCAUGGUCCUGAAGGCGCAGGGCUACGAAGGAAAAGGAAAAUGGAGGUAUGCUUCCGGAGGCAGAGGAGUGAGGAGUGAGGAGUGCAUGAGAGGAAUUCAGAUGAGGGAGACAAUGGACUCCACUAUGCCGGGCCAGACUUUGACUGACGUUCAGCCAUCCAAUGACAGUACAGAGGCUGAGGUUGGAAACGAGACGAGGUUCAUGGCAAUGACAGUUAAUUUGCUUGAGGUUCCAGCUCGUGAGGAGCAGUCAGCAAUGCAUGUGAGAAGGGAGAAGAUGAGUGAGGACGCGCCAGAGGAGGUUGCAGGAGAGAGGAUGAGUGAGGCAGGCAAUGCUUUGAGAGAGGCAGUGCAGAGCGAGAGGUUGGCAGAAGGAGCUGAGAAGAAGCGCCCAGAGGCUGAGGAGCAUCGGCAGCUGCUGGAAGGAGGCCUAAGAGGCGAGAAGGUGGCAGAGAUGCUGUGCAGGCGCUGUGACCUGAGGAACCUUGGGCUUGCGCUGAGCUGGAUGAUCUUCGAAGGAGGACGGAGCCAACUUGGAAGGGGCGGUUCCGUUCGAUUGAUUGAUUGGGUUGGUCCUAGCACGCGGAGACUGCUUGAGAAUCCCAGUCUUUGCGAGAUUGAAGAUUGUGGUCAACAGGUCCCCAGGCUGACUGGCCGAGUGCACAUACAGGAGGGAGAGAAACUGGAGGUGGCAAGGCUUUUGGUUGAGCGAGGUAUUUGCAAGUGGUACCCCGAGAAGGAGGUUUUCCGGUUCCGUGGCACCUCUGUUAAGAACGGCAUGUUUGGAGUGGUGAAACCAGGUAAGGUCAUUGAAGGUCGAGAGACCUUGAGGGUGAUCAUGAAUCUCAUCCCAAGCAACAGUAUUCACAGCAUCAUUCCCGGAGCGGUUCAUCGCUUGCCCACCAUCACUCAGUGGACUUCUAUUUUCCUUGGACCAGGCGAGCGUGUUGAGGUGAGUCAGGCAGACAUCACGUCAGCCUUUUACUUGUUCGAGUUGCCUAUUGCAUGGCACCGUAGGCUGGCCUUCAACAUCGACGCUAUAGGUAGUGAGUUAGGCCCUGGCUAUGACCCCGAAAUCAAGUACAGCCUCUGUGCAUGUGUCUUACCUAUGGGCUGGAACUCUGCUGUAGGGGUAAUGGAAGAGGCAGCUGAGAACUUGCUUAAGGACAUUGGGCUACAGACUGUUCAAUCAAUUAACAGGGUUCAGUUGCUCCCUGCUGGUUUCGUGGAGAAAAUGAAGGCUGUGGAAGUCCAAUCAACCCCCUUUUGGCAUAUUUACCUCGACAACUAUGCCUCGGGCCAGAGAGUGCAGGGUAAGCUUGAGGAGACCUUGGGUGGCGAGCUUCACAACUUGGCAGAGACGGGGAGAGGCAUCCUGACUGCCCCUCAGAAAAGCGUUCACAGGGCCCUUGUGACGACCGAACUGGGAGCCUAUGUUCAGGGUGAGAGAGGAUGGAUUGGAGCAAGUCCAGAGAGGCUGGAAAAGACCAUCAAGCUUAGUCUGUGGCUCGCGACCCGAGGCAACAUGAGGAGAAAGACUUUGCAGAUUGCAGCUGGACGUUGGAUGCAUGUCCUUCAGUUUAGACGGCCUGCAAUGAGCCACUUCUCAGGAAUUUGGGAGUUCCUCCAGGCCAUGCAGAAGAAGAAGGAGUGGAAGGCCAGGUGGGAGCUGCUUUGCAUGUCGUUUGGGGCGAUGCUGGUACAUAGUGACCUCAAAGCCCCUCCUUCCGCAAGGGUUACAGCCAGCGAUGCUUCCAGUUUGGCCGGUGCUGUGGGAGUUUCCGAAGAGGUGACACCGCUGGGAAAGGAUUUCCUUUUCGUUGACAUGAAUCCCAGCGCUCAAGGGAUGACCAUCCCAAUUUUGGUGAUCUCGCUCUUUGAUGGGAUAGGAGACUAUUUAGAGUAUCUCUAUGAAAGUGGUGAGGCAGUUUCGUUGGCAGGAGAUCUCAUUUGUGGCUUGCAGACCUUCCUUCCCUUCCUCCGUAAGCAUUUGUCUUACAGCUGGCGCUACAGCCUUGUACAGAGCCCAGACCCCGAUGGAUUUGAUCCUCAUUCGUGGAAGAUGGAAGAAUUCCUCUUCCGCACGCCUUUACAUAGCGGACGGAAUGGCAGAAUUGGCGAGGUUCGGCAUGACAACCUCGUAAAGAUUCUGGACAUCUUGUUCGAGGGGGCCUUGAUUUGCACAGUCACCGAGCCUGCUCCCAGGUGUUUGCGACAAUUGCUGCAAGCACAACCUUCACUGGCUCAGCAGCAACAUUUGCCGUUGGCGCAUGGGAUUGCAUCAGCCAUGGCGUGUUUGCACGAUCUUCCAGAGCCGAUUCUGCACCAAGAGCUGAAACCGGAGAACGUCCUCAUCUUCGAAUCCGCUUCCAAGUUGAUCCCCAAGAUCACCGACUCUCGAACUGCAGAAGUUCAGAGCUGUGAGUUCGAAGCGUCAGGGCCCCUGGAAUUCGGAGUGUCCCGGGACGUUGGCUUCAACGGCGGCCAUGGUGUGGGCGCUUUGGCCUACAAAGCGCCUGAGAUCUUCGACGGACAGUUUCAGGCAGCCUCAGAGGUUUACGCCUUCGGCGUGGUUUGCUUCGAGAUUCUCACUGGCCAGCGAGCCUGGGAAGGGCGGACGGACUUUCAGAUCAUGAAAGCUGUUGGUUUUGAUCACGAACGUCCUCACAUGGACGAGCAGAAUGCGAAGACGGUCUUGGGUAAAAUCAUCAAGGAACUUCAGACACUGCGAAUGGCCAGAGUCUUGCAAACUUGUGGCAAGGACUGCUGGGCUCCAGACCCCGCGGCCCGGCCGCGCUUCGCGGCGCUGCCGAAGCACCUGAAGCUGCGGAAGCUGCCCGCGCAGCUGUCCACGGCGGUGCCCGGCUAUUGGUCGGGCAGGGGCGAGGACCUGGAGCAAGGCUGGGCCGCGAUCCCCGUGGCGGCGCCCACCUUUGCAGCGUUGCGGCGGCUCUUCGUGGUGACGCAGCCGCAGGAUCUGGGCAGAGGCCGCGACGCCGGCCAGUACCCGCGGAGGCUAUGGAGCGCCUGGCAGAUUGAACAUCACAACCUUUGGGAAAAGUACAUGGCUGAGCGCAAUGAUGCUCGGUCCUGCGGGAUGGAGGACUUGUCCUUCAAGUUCGUUGAUGUGCUGCGAAAUUUGCAGCGGCUUGAGAGAGACUCCAUAGAGACAUCAGUUUGGAAGAGCAAACUGGAAGAUGCCUCAGCUGGAAUGCCAGAUGAAUUGUGUGCGCCCAUUGGCGAGAAAUACCUUUUGCACGGAACGCUGCCAGAGCACUUGCUGCACAUCCUGGAUCAAGGUUCGGAGCUGGCGCCUACUUUGCUGAAGAUCCAGUACUCUGAGACUUGGGGAGCAGUGAUUCGACCCAUUUCUACCCAGACCAUGCAACUAAUCAAGUCGGAGAAGAUUGAUCAGUACACCCGGCCCGAUCCGGGCUACGAGAGCCCUGGGCUGGAAGAUGUGCAUUCGCGCCUGUACCGACACGACGUUUUCUACUGCUUCGUGGCUCGGGUGACCUGCGGCGCGACCUUCGUGACCAAAGCCUUGAAGGAACUCACCACGGUGCCGAACUCCAGUCCACCGGUCCGCUACCACACCCUGCUGGCGGAGCUGGGUCCGGCCAUCGUGGCUUGGCAGAGAGGUGGCCGGGCCACGUCGGGCCCCAUACAGAAGCGUGGACCCAGCGCCGUGAUGAAGCCAAGAAUCGCGGAUUUUGAUAGGCUCAGUAAGUCUCUUGACGGAGCCACUGAAUGCCGUGCUUCCGAUUCCGCCACCGGCGAGACACCGAGGGACGACACCGAGAGGCGAGGGGGGAUGGGCCGAGAGGCGCACCCUUUUUUCAUCCUUGGGCGCUUCCGGCCCCCCCUGUCGGCCAUUGUGGCCAUGGCCUCCGGAGGAGUCUGGAACACCCAGCAGGCCUUUCUGGCUCAGCUGAGGGACGGCAGCCUGGAGGCCUGGGGACACCCAGAUUAUGGUGCCCCGAUCCCAGCCGACAUCAUAGCCUCCGGGCAGAAACACGGCCUGAAGCGGGCUUGGUCUACGUGGCAAGGUGGCUUUUUAGUGGAGCUGCAGAACGGGGAGUUUCACGCCUGGGGAAACAAGGAAAAAGGUGCCGACAUCGACGCCGUGAAGGCCACGCUGGAACGCGAGGGUGUCGUACAGAUUUGGAGCACCUCAGGCGCUUUCCUGGCAGAGUUGACAAGCGGCAAGGUGCUCACAUGGGGCGAUGCAGGUUGGGGCGGCGAGGUCACCACCUCGGUGCGGGAAGCCCUCGAAGCCGAAGGGAUCCACCGCGCCUGGUCCACACACGGUGCCUUCAUCGUGGAACUGAAGAGUGGCCGAGUGGUCGCCUGGGGCCGUUCCGAAUUCGGAUCCCAAAUCCCCUCCGACGCCCAAGCAGCGAUGCGAACCAAAGGGCUCCGGGACAUUUGGACCACUCGCUUCGGCGCCGUCGUGGCGCAACUGAACACCGGAGAAGUGAUCUCGUGGGGAGACACCAACCGUGGCGCCGACGUCGGCGGAGUGAAAGAUCGGCUCGAAGCCGCGGGAGUUCGACACAUGUGGAGGAGUACUUUCGCCUUUUUGGCGCAGCUGAAGACUGGCGAAAUCCUCUGCUGGGGCGACAAAAAUCGUGGCGGUGCGCUCCCCGCGGCGACGAAAGAAGCCCUGGACGCCCACGGAAUCGCCCGCGCAUGGAGCACCACCAGUGCAUUCCUGGCGGAGCUGACGAACGGCUCCGUGGUGGCCUGGGGAGUCGGAUCCGGUGCCGAGAUCCCAGACGACUUGCACAGCUCCUUGGAACGCGAGGGGAUCCGCGAGGCCUUCGGCACGGCCGGCGCCUUCCUGGUGGUUUUGAAGAGCGGCCGCUGCGUCGCGUGGGGCGAUCCCCGCUACGGUGCAGACCUGAGCUCCGUCAAGGACAAGUUGGAGACGGUGGGCCUGGCGCUUUCAGCGCCUGCAACCCCAGCUCCGGAGGCCCCGCACGCAGGUCCAGGCACCUUGCCGAGUGGAUCCCCCCGGACGGCUGCGGCAUUCCUACGGGUCUUCGACAUGUCUCCGGAGUCAGUGAAGCUCACGGAGGAGAUCUGGCACUUGCAGGCACCGUCGAGGGUGUCGAAGUUAGACAUGUUUGACCAGGAGAUCUCCAACUACUCCAGCUGGGUCAGCCGGGCCACGGUGAAGUUGGAGCAUGGCGAGGUGCCGGCGGUGGUCAAGGCCAUGCAGUUGCCCCAAGAUGAGAAGGAGAAGAAGAAAGAACACUUGCUGUGGAUGAAGAAGGAGCUGGAACAUCCAAAUCUCGUCAAGAUCUUGGGGCUCUAUUGGUGUACAAAUACCGUGAUGUGUGUUGCCGUGGAGCCAGCCCCCAGGUGCUUGAGACGCCUUCUACAACAGGAACCGUCCCUGGCACAGCGGGAGCAUUUGCCCCUAGCACUGGGGAUUGCUUCUGCCAUGAUGUAUCUUCACGACCUCGCUGAGCCGAUCCUGCACCAAGAUCUCAAACCGGAGAAUGUCCUGAUCUUCGACUCCGAUUCCAAGUUGAUCCCCAAGGACGUGGGCUUCAAUCAGAAUGGAGGUGGCAAGGGCGCCUUGGCCUACAAAGCGCCUGAGAUGUUCGAGGAGAAGUUUCAGAUGGCAUCCGAGGUGUACGCCUUCGCGGUCAUUUGCUUUGAAAUCCUGACCGGACAGCAAGCUUGGAAAGGGCGCAGCGACCUCGGCAUCAUGAGAGCCGUGUGUGAUGGGCAGCGGCCAGCGAUGGACGACCCGAAGACGGACUUGGGCCCGAUCAUCCAGGAAGACUCCUGGGCAGCCGACCCCGAAGCCCGGCCGCGCUUCGCCGCGAUCUGCGAGCGCCUGAAGCCACAGCGCUUCCCCAAGAAGCUAUCAACAGCAGCGCCCAGCUACUGGUCGGGCACCGGAGAAGCUUUGGAUCAAGGGUGGGCGGCUGUGCCCGUGUCUGAGAAGACCUUCGAAGCUUUGAAGAAGCUCUUCGUCGUGACACAGCCGGAGCAGCUGGGAGAAGGCCGAGACUGCAAAGACUAUCGGCGGAAGUACAGCAACCUCCAGACCGAAUGA